CCCCGCGCGCGUUUCCGCCGCCCCGGGGCCGGGAAGGGGGCAGCGGGGGGGGGGUCCCGGCGCCCCCCAGCGUGGCCGCCCCGUGCGCCCCCAGCCCGGCGGGGAUGGAGCCCGGAGCCCCCUCGGUGCCGCGCUGCCGCCUGGAGCCGCGGCCCCCCCUCGAGCCCGGCCCCGCCGCGCUCUGCGCCCUCGGCUGCCUCCUCGGCCUCGUCUGCGGAGGCUUCGGCUACCGCUGCUUCAAGGCCAUCAUGUUCCUGUCGGGGCUGCUGCUGGGCUCGGCCGUCAUCUUCGUGCUGUGCUACAAGGAGCGGGUGCUGGAGACGCAGCUGAGCCUGGAGGUGAGCGCGGGCAUCGCGCUGGGCAUCGGGGCGCUGUGCGGGCUGCUCACGGCGCUGGUGCGCAGCGUGGGGCUCUUCACCACCGGGCUGCUGCUGGGGCUGCUGCUGGCCACGGCCGCGCUGGUGGCCACCGCGCCCCUGCUGCAGCCGCAGAGCCCCUGGGUGCCGGCGGGGGGGCUGCUGGGGCUGGCGCUGCUCUGCGCCCUGCUGGCCCUGCACUGGCAGAAGCCGCUGACCGUGCUGGCCACGGCCGUGUGCGGGGCGGCCGCGGUGGUGGCGUGCGCCGACUACGCGCUGGAGGCGCUGGCCCUGCUGCUCUACGUCUACGACCGGCUGCGGUUGGCGCCGCCGGCGCCGCUGUGCUGGUACAGCUGGGCCGUGCUGGGAGCCUGGCCCGCGCUCAGCCUCCUCGGAGUCCUCGUGCAGUGGAAGCUGACGGCCGGGGGCUUCUCCCAUAGUGAUGGUGAGGGGGG